AUGAUUGCUCUCAAAACCAGGGGAAAGUUCAGGCCGCCAAUUACUCCAAAAUUUCAAUCUACAAACGACUCGACAACCCACCACACCAACCUAAAGGGCCCGACGCCGAAUUACCAAAACAGCUCGCCCAAUAUGUCUCUCGUCGCCGGCGAGAAGUCGAACUUCCAGUUCAUUCUCCGUCUUCUCAACACCAAUGUUGACGGAAAGCAGAAGGUUAUGUACGCCCUCACCAAGAUAAAGGGUGUCGGUCGUAGAUACUCCAACUUGGUCUGCAAGAAGGCCGAUGUUGAUCUCAACAAGCGUGCCGGUGAGCUCACCACCGAAGAGCUCGAGCGUAUCGUGACGAUCAUCCAGAACCCCACCCAGUACAAGAUCCCCACCUGGUUCUUGAACAGGCAGCGUGACAUCGUCGACGGAAAGGACACCCAGAUCCUUGCCAACGCCCUCGACAACAAGAUGCGUGAGGACUUGGAGAGGCUGAAGAAGAUCCGUGCCCACAGAGGUCUCAGACACUACUGGGGUCUCCGUGUCAGGGGUCAACACACCAAGACUACCGGCCGUCGUGGUCGCACCGUUGGUGUGUCCAAGAAGAAGGGUUAA